UUUGAAUUUAAAUGGCUUAUCCUUACAAAAGAUAAUGUUUGGACAUAAUGAUUCCAUUCUCACUCAUCAACUUACUAUAUAUACCUUGGUUUAUAAGUCUAGUUGCAUAAACUAAAAACAUUUGAGAGAAAAUUUCUAAAAUUUUUUGACAUGAAAAUGCAGAAAGCUUGGUUCUAUGAGGAGUAUGGUCCUAAGGAAGUCCUUAAGUUAGGGGACUUACCUAUCCCAUCUCCUCUGCAUAACCAACUUCUUGUCCAAGUGUAUGCUGCUGCUUUGAAUCCCAUCGAUUCAAAGAGGCGUUUUCGUCCGAUUUUUCCGGCCGAGUUUCCUGUGGUUCCUGGAUGUGACAUGGCUGGAGUGGUGAUAGGAAAAGGUGCUAAUGUAAAAAAAUUUAACAUAGGUGAUGAAGUGUAUGGAAACAUACAAGAUUUUAAUAAUAGUAUGGAAAAACCAAAGCAACUUGGAACUUUGGCACAGUUCAUUGUUGUGGAAGAGAGUUUGGUUGCAAGAAAACCAAAAUGUCUUUCAUUUGAGGAGGCUGCAAGUUUGCCUUUGGCAGUACAGACAGCAAUAGAAGGCUUCAAAACUGGAGAGUUUAAAAAGGGUCAGACAAUUUUUGUGGUUGGUGGUGCAGGUGGGGUUGGAACUUUAGUACUUCAGUUGGCAAAACUUUUGUUUGGAGCUUCCUAUGUUGUGUCUUCAUGUAGCACACCUAAAGUCAAAUUUGUUAAACAGUUUGGUGCUGAUGAAGUGGUGGACUAUACUAAGACUAAAUAUGAAGACAUUCAGGACAAAUUUGAUUUUCUUUAUGAUACAGUUGGUGAUUGCAAAAAAUCUUUUGUUCUAGCAAAAAAGGAUGCAGCAAUAGUUGACAUAACAUGGCCUCCAUCACAUCCAAGAGCAGUUUAUUCAAGUCUGACAGUGUCUGGAGAAAUCUUGGAAAAGCUGAGACCAUAUUUGGAAAGAGGAGAGAUCAAACCUGUGAUUGAUCCAAAAGGUCAAUAUCAUUUUGACAAUGUGAUUGAUGCUUUUGGAUACAUAGAAACUGGAAGAGCUUGGGGAAAAGUUGUGGUCUCACACUUUCCAUUGGAGGAAAUUCACUCUACUGUUUUAUCUGAGAUUAAUCCUAAUAUCAAACUGAAUGGCUUGGCAAAACGUCCUUAUAAGAAGUAGUACUUAUUAUAGACACUGAAAUAUUUAAUAUAUUGGUCAUAAAGCAUGUGGUCAUUAAUUGUUGAAAUUUAUAAAUAAUGUAUUGUAAUUUAUGUUUAUGGUGUGUGUGAAAAUAAUGUUGUUGGUAUUAAUUAUAGACAUGUAUGUCAUAAUAAUUGAGUAUUUGUCUGUAUUAUUAUACAAUGUAAUAUAUAAAAUUUCCUCUCAUCAGUAA